CGUUGCUAGCUUAGUCAACGAGAAAAACUGAGUGAUUUGCUCAAUAGCAAGCGGCAAAAAAAUAAGGACAUAUUCAUGGACCCGGAAAGAUGUUUGAAGGAACAGGGCCUGACGUGGACGUGGGAGCAAAUAAGGACCUGUUGGAAGAAAUUGAAGAAACGCUUCAUGGCUGAACGCCUGCUACUAUGCAAAAGUGGCGGGGAGCCGUCAAAGGGGAAGUGGUUUGACAAAUUGAGCCUUCUGCUUGGCGACCGCCCGAUGGUGCAAGCAAGAGAUUACGGCGUUGACACCGCCGCCGAAGACGAGGACAUCGUUCUGUUAUGCGAUGGCAGCGAAGAGGAAGGAGAUGCGUCCGACGACCUAGAAACCUCUGCACCUGGCGAGGAGGAGUGA